AUGCAACUCCAAACCCUCCUCCUGACCACCGCCUUCCUCAGCGGCUCCGCCCUCGCCGCCCCCCAGGGCGACAUCGUCGGCAGCAUCGUGUCGGGUGCCGAGGGCAUCGCGCAGACGGUGGCUUCGGGGGCGGAGAACGCGGCGACCAACAUCGUCUCGGCGGCGACCUCGAUCGCCAGCGCGGCCGAGACGGGCGGUGCGGCCGCCGCCUCCGACGCCCGCUCCUGGGGUGAAUCGGUGGCCUCCAACGCCGAGUCCUACGGGCAGUCGGUCGCCUCCGACGCGCGGUCCCGGGCUUCCGAUGUCGCCUCCAAGGCCUCCUCCCGCUGGGACGACCUGACCACCCUCACCGGCACCAACGGCGAGGCCACGGCCACCUCGACUGUCUCCGGCGGGAACACCGCGACGGUGACCACGGCGACCGCCACUACGACCGGUACCACCUCCACCACUGGUACGUCGACUGGCAACAGCCGCAGCAGCAGCAGCAGCAGCAGCACGGCCUCGAGCUCCAGCUCCGAGGGCGCGGGUGUCCAGGCUACUCCCGCUGCAGUGUUGGGCUAUGGCAUCGCCGGCGUGGCGGGUGUCUUGGGAGUGAUGGCCGCUUUGUAA